AUGAUCGUUCCAAUCCGGUGCUUCACCUGUGGGAAGGUGAUUGCUCAUCUCUGGGAAAAGUGGAUCGACAUGAUCGACGAAGACAGACCAGAGGGAGAAGCGUUAGACAUUCUGGGGUUGGAUCGCUACUGCUGUCGGCGCAUGCUCCUGACGCACGCGGACCUUAUCGACAAGCUUCUAGCUUACAACAUCUAUGAGAAGCGCAUAGUGGAAAGCUGA